AUGGUGCUCAAUAUCUUUCAAAGGAGAGAAGAAGAAGCUGCUGCUGCCAGCGCAAGGCAUGAGGAGUUACAAAAGUCGAUUAAUGCCAACCGCCGGCAACAGCAACAACCUAGAUCACAAAUGCCUGUUGCAUCUAAUACAUUGCUACCAUCCCCCCAGCUACAAAAGCAACCAUUACCAAAACAAGGAAAUGAUUCUGCUGCUGCUGCUGCUUCUUCUUCUUCUUCUUCGUUUCCAACAAAUGCAAGCAAAAGAAGAACCUACAUCUCGCAUCGUAUAAAUCUUCCAAUAGCUAAUAAAAGUGGUUCUCAAAGCCCACGAGCAAGGAGCAAAACCCAGAUCCCUACCAUCUCGGAAACUGCUACCACCAAGAGUGGUUCCUCGAGUCCACAAAAACCCGAAGAGUUGAGCGAAUUUGAAGAUGAAAACAAGCCUAGCAGUCGACACACAACAGUGACUGGCACUCCCACACUCCAGUUAUCCGACUCUACUGCCCAAGCCAAUCUUAAAAGAGGUGCAUCGCCGAAGGAAUCUGAAGUUGCUAAAAAGACACAAAUCAGUAACGAAGUUCUCAAUCAACGUCGAGCUCGUAGAAUGAGAGCACGAUCCAAACCCAGUGCAACAAAGGCUGUCACUAGAAGACAACUUGAAAAACGUAACUCCGUUGCAUCGAGGGAAUCAAAAGAAUCAAGAGAGAAAAUUGGAUCCGAGGAACAGCUGGAGCCACUGGGAUUGCAAAAUAAGUCCCCUGCCAGUAGGCAGUCUCCCGAAUUGACCAAGCUGCAACAACAAAUGAGGGCAAUGAUUGAGCAACAACAGAAAAGAUAUAACAUGCAUUCAGGUCGACCCAUUAAUAAUCAAAGUAUAGCAUCUAAACCUAGAUAUACCUUACCAUAUCCUGUUUCAGAUGACAUUAUAAGUAUCAUAAUCACAGACGAAACAGACGAGACAGAAGAGGGCUGCCCACAGCAACAUUCCAUUACUGAAGAGCCACAUACUGGCAACCGUCAACUGCAAUUCAAGAAUGAAGAGGGAUCAGCAAUUCCUCUGGAAUUUGAACCUAUACAUUCUCGGAGUUUUCAUAUCGGAAAUAUACCAAGGAACUACACAUAUUCGCCAGAAAGCCCAGCAUUGCAAUCAGCAGUACAAUCGAGGACCUAUUCUCCACGUGAAUCUUCAAGGACCUCCUUCACCCCAACAACUCUGCACGAUGGCAGAUUUGAAGUCCACAAUGAUACACUACAGCGGCUAACAGGUGAACUGGAGUCAUCGAUUCAUAACACAUUGCACUCACACUCCUCACCUAUGCAACCAACUUCUUCAGAACAAUCUACGUACCACAUGGCUUCGGAGGAAUUUGCGAUCAGCGCUACAGAUGCGGUGGCUUGUAUAUUGGAGAGAACCGGAAGUAAUGCGCGAGGAAGUAGGCGUGGUCAACGGUACGAGGAAAUAAGAAGGAAACAACGCUCGCAACGAAGUCAGACCAGAUCUAAUCCGGAAGGAACAAUUCCGGAAGAGCCAAGUAACCAAGACACUGCUCAAACCAGUUCAAUCCCCAUUGAAAACCCACCGCUUAGAAGCAGUUCUUCUACCCCUACUGACAUAAAUUCCCAACUCCAACGUCACUCAUCUUUAUCUCGGCGCUCAACAAUUGAAGAUACCAGAGCUCGAAUAAUUGCUCGCUUGAAUCAACGUGUAGAUCCCACGAUGUACCCAAUGGAAGCAUCUACUGGUAGUCCUCAUUUGCGCAGCAGUAAUGCGGAAGAAGUACAAGAAGAAGCACCGCCGCCAUUGGAUGAGUACGCCGAUCUACAUGACGAACCGCCUUCGACGCCACCAUAUCGAGAACGACUUCACAAAAAAGUCGACUUGAUCUCGUUUGACCCUCGUUAUGUAACUCCCGUGUUGCGAAUCAAUAAGAGAUUGAUCAAAACACCAACCAAUUUACGCAAAACCAUCCGCAAAUUGAUUCAACUUCAAAUCGUGCCGGAAGAGAUUGAUUUGUGGAAAAUUGAUCGAAUUGAAGAUGCUCGGUUCUACCAUGUAUUGCCCCAGUUGUUGAAUGGUGAAGAUGCACAGAACGAGGUAAGAGCCAUGAAUGACGCCGUGCGAGUGGCUCAUGAACGCACUGAAUUGGAAUACGAACUGGAGAUACAGCGAGCUAUUGCCAUUUCUUUGGAGGAGCAAACUCAACGACAGUUGUUUCAUGGGUUUAGGUAUAAUGGCCCUUCGAGGAAUAGAGGACAAGAUUGUGGAGAGGCAACAACAGAAGAAACAGGGGAAGAAUCGAGGAAUGAUAGUCCUGUAUCUGGUGAGGAGCCUAGUGAUGCCAGUGAUGUUUUCAUUAAUGUUGAUGAAGCGAUGAGAAUUUGGCAACAGCAAGAAGGACAAGGUGACGACCAUCAUUUGCAACCGCAUGUUAUGCCCGGCUCGUUCAAUUAUUUGUUGCCAGCUCGAACAAACUCGUCAGUCUCUUCAUACAUGACAGCUGCUUAA